CAUCUGAGCCUCGCCUCUGAUCCUCACAGAUCCCUACACCUCACUCCCUGCUGGGAUAUUUCCCACUGAGUUCUGGUUGGGAAUUUGACCUGGUCACUGUCACCGAAGCAUUCAACAGGUCAGGCAGGGGAGGAUAGGGUGCCCAAACUCUUCUGUCAUAAACUCCAUCUAAGAGUUUUCAGGCGCUUUUUUGUGCUUCUGUUAUUUGUUGCUGGUCUGAAGGAUUUCUGGGUAGGCACGUCCCAGUCACAAUGAAAGUUGAGCGAAGUUUUAGCUUUAAUUUUUUAGCUAGAAUUCACCGCAGCAAAAAUUCGUUUAAGCAGCAUAAUGUUUAAGUCAAUACAACUGUACUAAAAACAAAAUCCUGGGAGAACUCGGGGUAGGCAUCGUCUGAGCAGCAAAAGAGAUUAAAUGUUUCAGAUCCAUGAUUUCUGAAGGAAAAAAAUUAUACAUUCAUUGGUUGAUUUGCAUGCCGUCCAUCGGAUACUUCCAUUACAACGGUGUACUAAGUAGUACAAGGAAAUGAAGUGCUAUCGUUCCUGAGAAGGUGCAGUACAAACAAGCAUAAGGUUCCAGUCCAUAAUGACUGUGAGUUCAAGAGUCCAUCUUACCAUACGGGGACUGUUUGAUUGUCUUAUAAUAGCAGGAUGGAAGUUGUCCUUCAGCCUUAUUGAACGUACCCUUUCAGACUUUUGUAUUUUCUGCCGGAUGGGAAGAUGAAAAGCGAAAAUGCCUGGGAACCUGAAAACAAUGGAGGAAGAUCAUAGCCCAGCAUCUGACACUGUGUCUCACCCCGGUGAUGUGAUAGAAAAGACCCGGAACUCUGGCACCUCUCAGUCAAAACCCAGGGGCAUGAAUACAUACCCACCAGUAUGUCGUUUCUAUUCUCGUGGAAGGUACUGUCAGUUUGGCCGGAGGUGCCGAUUUCUGCACGAGCAUCAGGAGCAACGGAUUGCUCCAAGUGUGCCUGAAAGCCAGAGCAGUGGAGCUGCUGAAAAUAUCCCUCAGUGCCAGAGUGGAGCAGAAUGUCCUGCAGGCAGUGGCCUAGUCAGGUUUGCUGAGGACGCUGCCGCACAGGGACGAACUCGCUUUGGAACACCCAAGAUGACGGGACCCAGAGAGAGAGCUAAAAGGCCGUGCCGUUACUUUCUGUCCGGCUAUUGUGCGAUGGAAGAGCGGUGCCGUUUUUGGCAUCCCGAGCGGUUGCCUGCGUUGAGAGACCCUGUGGAUCCCGAGCCCACCCGAAUCAGUCUGAGACCUGGACCAGGGCCGCUCAUUCGACCUCCCUUGCCCCGGCCUGCUGUGGUCAAGGAUGAAGUAAAGCUCAGCGAGCUGACCCAGGAGGUUGCCCGGCAGCUUCGAGAGACUGAAAUCAACCAGCUGUUGAAACGUUUCCCAAAGGACCAGUUGAUCAUUCAGGAGAGUGAGGAUGGGAAGCAGACUUUUUACCGCCUUGUGGUGGAGCCUACAGACCCAGACUGGCCUUUUGACUUGAAGGAGAUGGACAUACAGAUUUGUUUCCCAGACAAUUAUCCUUUGGAGGUGUUCACUUUGGAUAUCCCUGAGGAUCAGGAUCUGCCAGCAUCCAUGGGGAGGCACGUGUGUAAUGCUUCAGAGGAAUGGCUUCAGGCUAAACAUGCCACCAAUCGGCUUACGGGAAAACUAGAGCUAUUAUUUCGUCCUUACCUGCGGUGGCUAGAUCGCAACCUGGAGAAGCUGUUCAUUGAGGGAGCCAGAAAGAUAAAGAGGGAAUUGGACACAGAGAAAUCAGGGAUCCGUUUUAUACCCUUCCAGGAGCUUAAGCCAUGCCUACCAGAUGCACAGGUUCUGCAGCCUUCAGAAGGUUCUCCAUGUCCUCUGAAUGAAGAUCCUGUCAAAGGAUUGUCGCAGCAUCUUCAGCAGGCCAAGUUCACGGAAUCAGAAAGUCCAGAGAUGAGUGGCACAGCCAGUGAAGCCAGCUCUGGUGAGGAAGUUGAUGGUUGUUCAAGGACUGAUGCAUCUCACAGGCAUAAACCCCUCCCAGCUGCCAAUGGGAGCGGGCACCUGCCAAUAGGUUCUAACAGCAAGGGUCUGCCUAAGGGAACAACAAUACGAUUUCUUGGCUUUCAGCUGGGAGAAGGGACAGCAACACUGGCAGCUCAGCGGAUCACUGUGUCACUGAAAUGCAGCAGAUGCAAAAUAACUGCAGAUCUGACUGUGUCCCAAAAUUGCCCUUCUUCUGCAAGCUGUGAGAAAUGUAACAUGGACAUCAGUGUGGCAUUCCAACCUGGUGUACUGCAUGAGAAUUCGAAUGUCUUGGGUUACCUGGACCUGCGUGGAUGUGUCCCAGUAGACUUGAUCUUACAGGACAGUCACUUUACUGUGGGCUGUCUACACUGCUCCAAGGAGGGAACUCUGCAAGGUCUGUCCUAUGGCCGUUAUAAGGAGCUAAACUGUUUGCACUGUCAUGGCAAACUUGGCAUUUUGGUGGAGGCAACACAGUUUUACCAGAUGAACAGUCAGUCACAGGAUGAAAUCGAUAAAAAUUCAGUUCAUCGGCAUAAGAAGAGGCAGCCUCAAGGAUCUACCAUUCAGCUUGGUAAACCCCUGCCUGAGUUUGGCACUUGCAGCCAUUACAAGAAAAGUUGUCGUUGGCUCAGGUUUCAGUGUUGUGGGAAAGCUUACCCAUGUGACUUGUGUCACGAUGACAACCAGGACCACGUGAUGGAGAUGGCCACUCGAAUGAUCUGUGGAUUCUGUGCAAAGGAGCAGCCGUACAGCAACGGGAAACCCUGUGCUGCCUGCGGAGCUAUGAUGACAAAGGGAUCCUACAGCAGCCACUGGGAAGGUGGCCGAGGCUGCCGGAACCAAGUGCGGAUGAGUCGCAAAGACAAACAGAAAUAUGCAAACACUGCGAAGACCGUGUCCCGCCACUCCCAGCAGCAGCAGCAGAAGUGAGAAGAGUGGCCCUGCUUGGGAUCCCUGACUGGGGAACGGUGGCCUUAGUAAUGAUUCUGUGAGUGGGUUUGGUGUGUGCGUGGUUUUCUUUUUCCCUGUUGUUUCUUUCUACCUCCUGUGAGGUGAUGAAAGAAUAAAUGUUUUCAAAUUUCAAGGAUCUCGGGGAGAGGGGGUGAAACAGUCCAAUGAGGAAUGGGACACCGUUUACUGUAUGACACCAUCCAUGCCCUGGUCGUGCACACGGGCUUGACACGUCUGAUGACUGCCCAGCGUUAUUCUCAAUGUACAAGAGGUGCAAACUGGCGAAAGUCAUCGUGCCCUGCUGGCAACCCACUCCAACUCUUCUGAACCAGUCAUCCAGUACCGGUUUGUCCUGUCACGUGGAAGUUCUGGGUGUGUUUGUACCAGUAGACACAGCAGCUAAUGGAACCGGAACUGUGUAUUAUGCAAAAUGUCCACCAAGUUACCUGUAUCGCAUACAGUGAAGUGCUGCUCCUGCUGAUAGCAUUAGCCGAGUCCUUUCUUUUCUCUGCUGGAACACAUGCCACGGAGCAGAUCAUGCAGCUGCAGUUGUGUAGGGAGGAUCGCAAAAGCUGUAACGUGAUGCAGGGAAACUCUGAGAAUUGAUGGUGCUCUAACUCCGCCCAACCUCCUGAUCUGUGGCGCCAGGAGCCUGCACGCAAGUACAAUUGGAAGUUGAGUU